AUGUCAGGAUCAGACUCACAAGAGGAAAAACAAAAAGCAUUUGGAUGGGCAGUUAGAGAUUCCUCAGGAAUCUUCUCUCCAUUCCACUUUACAAGAAGGGCCAAUGGAGAGAAUGACAUCACAAUGAAGAUUCUCUAUUGUGGGAUAUGCCAUUCUGAUUUGCACAUGGCUAAAAAUGAAGUUGGAAUUUCCUUAUAUCCUAUGGUUCCUGGGCAUGAGAUUGUGGGUGUGGUCACCAAGGUUGGCAACAAGGUGAAAAAAUUCAAGGUCGGAGAUAAAACAGCUGUGGGCUGCAUGGUUGGUUCCUGUGGUUCAUGUAAUAGCUGCCAGGAUGACUUAGAAAACUAUUGCCCCAAAUCGAUCAACACUUACACCUUCUUUGAAAGGGAAGGAACUAAAAACUACGGCGGCUAUUCCAACAUCCUUGUCGUAGACGAGCACUUUGCUGUCCGAUUCCCCGACAACCUCUCACCAGAAGGCGGUGCCCCGUUACUUUGUGCCGGUAUCGCAGUUUAUAGCCCUAUGAAGUAUUUCGGCCUCAGUGAGCCAGGGAAGCAUUUGGGUGUGGUAGGGCUAGGUGGAUUAGGGCAUGUGGCUGUGAAGUUUGCCAAGGCUUUUGGUAUGAAGGUAACGGUGAUAAGUACAUCCCUGAGCAAAAAAGAGGAAGCAUUAGAACAACUUGGUGCUGACUCAUUUUUGGUUAGCCGUGACCCGGAACAAAUGCAGGCUGCUGUGGGCACAAUGGAUGGCAUUCUUGAUACAGUCUCUGUGCCUCAUGCUCUGCAACCUUUGAUUGAUCUUUUGAAAUGUAAUGGGAAGCUUAUAAUGUUAGGGGCACCAGACUUAGAGAAGCCAGUUGAAUUGUCUGUUCUGCCUCUGCUUCUUGGGAGGAAGCUUAUAGCAGGAAGUGUGACAGGGGGCAUGAAGGAGACACAAGAAAUGAUAGAUUUUGCAGGUAAGCACAAUAUAACUGCAGCUGUUGAAGUUAUUUCGAUGAACUAUGUGAACAUAGCUAUGGAGCGACUAGCGAAAGGGGAUGUCCGCUAUCGGUUUGUCAUUGACAUAGCAAACACCUUGACUACUUAACCAGUUCUAGUCUAAAACUUUAUAAUUUAAUAUGACAUUGUCUCUAGCCUGUAAUAAGAGGUCGCAGUUGUCAGCUGUUCUUGUUCUCAUAGAAGGAUUGAAAUGGAGUAUUGUUGUGAGAUUUCACUUUGAUCACUAUAUGUAAUUUUGAAGCAUGAUUGUUGUGUACUAUACCAGAUCUUAUGAC